ACGUGCGGAAGGGGUUUUAAAGACCUCCGAGGAACGGUACCUUUUUGUUGGCUGUUCCAUGAAACAAUUAUGCCUCCGAGUCCUCAUCCCAACAGAGACUGAUUCCAAGAACUCUCAAGUUCAGUGCUGACAUGGGAUGUUUGUGCCCUUAAUUCUUCACAUCCCGAUCUGCCACUGGUUAGCAAGAAAGUUAAAGGGGAGUGCAUUUGUCACAGACACAAUCUAAGCUUCUUAUUUCCCUCCUUUAAAAUCUGUUUCGCCUAGUUGAGAUACCUUCGCCCAAUCCCUCUGUUUCCCUCCUGCCUUUCAGUUCUUUGGACUUGCGGAUUAACCUACUAGCUAGACAGAUUGGAAAGACUGGCUGUUCUCUAAACUGUACGUGUAACUGAAUGUCUGUGAAGUGGGGUUCUUCGAGGAGAGCUACUGCGGGAUUUAAAACAGGGUUGUAACAUCUGUUACAUCUAGCUAUAAAACUACGUCAACCCCACACGGAUGUUUGAGAGAAUAUUAAGGAAGAAUCUUCAGAUGAAAAAAACUGGAUGUAAUGGAUCCUCAAACAUCAGUUGUUAUGUUUAACAAUGCGUGAGUGCUUAUGUGUAAUUAUUUAAGGAAAAUUAUUUGUAUUGUCCCUUGAGGGACGCUCCAAAGGUCUCCAAAAUUAGCAUGAACUGCAAAACUCAACUUGACAUCUGAGGUUCAGGGCUCUCCUUGCACUCUCCAUCCCAGCCUGCUCCGUUCCAAACCCGGCCCCUCUUCUCCAGGCUCUCUAUCCCCUCAUGGGCGCGAUAUCAGCCAGUGCAAGAGGACCACCGUCUCAACCCUAACAGCCGUCCUCACCAUGGAGAUGAAACAACCAAUGAUGAUGAAUCGAGAGCAGGAGAAAGAACAGGAGUCGCAGGAAAACGGAAGGCUGGUUGCGGACAGCGUUGCGGAAAAGGGGCAGAAAUCCUGCUCCGGGCCUGGGCAGGUCUCUAAUGGUUAUCCCAGCACAUCCCCGCAAAGCCCCAGGGAUGGCGCGGGUGCUGGGACGGACAGGGGUGGCACCCCUGGGACAUUCAGGACUCUGGUGGUUCAGCAGACCAGCUUGGAUCCACCUAGGGAGACUUGGAGCAAAAAGAUGGACUUCUUGCUGUCGGUGAUCGGGUAUGCGGUGGACCUGGGCAAUGUGUGGCGCUUCCCUUACAUCUGCUACCAAAACGGAGGGGGUGCCUUUCUUCUGCCGUACCUCCUGAUGGCUGUGUUCGGUGGCGUGCCGCUGUUCUACAUGGAACUGGCUUUGGGCCAGUUUCACCGCAGCGGGUGUAUCUCCAUCUGGAAACACAUCUGCCCCAUCUUCAAGGGUAUAGGCUUCGCCAUCUGCAUCAUUGCACUCUACAUUGCCUUCUACUACAAUACCAUAAUGGCCUGGGCUCUCUACUACCUCCUGUCCUCCUUUCGUGCCACGCUGCCCUGGACCACCUGCGACAACAAGUGGAACACUCCCAACUGCACCCACUACCUGUCCACCGACUUGAAUGUCUCCUGGACCAACAGCUCCAUCUCUCCCGCUGAAGAGUUCUAUAUACGGCAGGUCUUGCAGGUUCAUCUGUCGCCUGGUCUUCAUCAGUUGGGCUGGGUGAGCUGGCAGCUAGCCCUCUGUCUGUUGUUCAUCUUCACUGUUGUGUACUUCAGCAUCUGGAAGGGGGUCAAGACCUCCGGCAAGGUAGUCUGGGUGACGGCUACCUUUCCGUACCUGGUGUUGCUGAUCCUGUUGAUAAGAGGGGCCACUCUGCCGGGAGCAUGGAAAGGAGUGGUCUUCUACCUGAAACCUGAUUGGCGCAAACUUUUAACCACUUCAGUUUGGCUUGACGCAGCUGCACAGAUCUUCUUCUCUUUGGGUCCAGGCUUUGGCGUUCUCCUGGCCUUUGCCAGCUACAAUCCCUUUCAUAACAACUGCUACAAAGAUGCAUUAGUCACAAGCUCAGUGAACUGUUUGACCAGUUUCCUGUCAGGCUUUGUAAUCUUCACAGUUUUGGGCUACAUGGCAGAGAUGCGGCGACAAGAUGUGGAGACUGUAGCUAAAGAUGCUGGUCCCAGUCUGCUGUUCAUCAUCUAUGCUGAGGCUAUUGCCAAUAUGCCGGCUGCUACGUUCUUCGCCAUCAUAUUCUUCCUCAUGAUAAUUAUGCUGGGGCUGGAUAGCACGUUUGCAGGUCUGGAAGGGGUAAUUACAGCCAUGUUGGACGAGUUCCCCCACCUGUUGGCCAGGAGGAGAGAAUGGUUUGUGCUCGGCCUAGUGUGUGUCUGUUAUCUGGGCGCCCUCUCCACUCUUACCUACGGAGGUGCGUUUGUCGUUAAACUAUUUGAGGAGUAUGCCACGGGCCCUGCUGUUAUCACCGUAGUCUUCCUCGAAGUCAUUGCUGUUUCCUGGUUCUAUGGGACGACACGUUUCUGCAACGACGUGCAGCUGAUGCUUGGCUUUGCUCCUGGUGUGUUUUGGAGGGUCUGCUGGGUAGCCAUCUGCCCCUGUUUCUUAUUGUUCAUUAUUGGGAGUUUCCUGGCAGUCCCUCCUGAGGUAAAGCUGUUUGACUACCUGUACCCUUUCUGGACCACAGUUCUCGGCUACUGUAUUGGAGUCUCCUCCUUCAUCUGUGUGCCUUCUUACAUGGUCUACCAUCUACUCACCACCAAAGGGACCUUCAAACAGCGUCUGCUAAAGAGCAUUACCCCUGAGCCUCCAGGGUCCAGCGGCCCUCAAAGAGACACAAUUGUCAUCACCAACGCCGUGUGACACAUUCCCUCUUCUGCUGGACAUGUAGCACAAACGCAGGAGACCCGUGUCUCCUGUAAGGGCCUCGGCUGACCUCCCUUCACACCUCAACCAAGAGGAGUCUGCUACCUGUAUUGUGUGACGGUGAGGCCAGGCCUCCAAAAACAGCCAUUGUUUUAUUUUUAUUCUUGCCGUCCAUGUGAAUGACUGUCAUAGCUCAUGAGUUACUGACUGCCAUGUUUGUGUUUUGUCCAUCUGUUGUUCAUUUCAGAUCUCCAUAAACAAUUAAUAUAGAUAAAUUGCUCAUGACUGUGUACACUAAUGUUGAAAAGUUUGGGGUCUGUAAGAUUUGUAGCAUUCAUCAAAGAAGAGUUUUCAGCAUUGAUAAUAAGAAAUGUUUCUUGAGCACCAAAAUGGAUCGUGUGACAUUAAAAAAAUCUUACCAACCCCAAACUUGUUUAGUGAAAUUUGAGAUAAGAACAGGAAUGGACACACAAAUGGUUCAUUUACUUUAUAAAAAUCUAAAAUUUAUAUAGAUUGUUUUUCUACAUUUUCUUUUUCCUUAAAUAGCAACUAAAUACAUAAAGAUUGUUAUAUUAUGGUUUUGUGACCAAUUUUCAGGUAUGUUUUACAUGUAUACACAUUUAUAUGAGGCCAAAAAUUUUGUUUCUUUAUUGUUAUUAUAGAAAUGUGUAAGUAUGACUUCAAAGAAGCUGAUUAUGUGGUUUAGGGACUGAAAGCAUCACUUAAUUGUGGAUAUAUAUUCUUAUUUUCUUUCUUUUUUGUUAAACAUUUUUUAUUUUAUAUUUUGGAAAGGGUAAAAGUAGGAAUGUAACAGACAUUUUUAUGAGAGAAGCAAGCACCCAAAUCUUAUGUGGCCAGAUGUGUUUGUUUGGGGGUUUUUUUUGCACAGGUGUGUAUGUGUGUGUGAGUGAAUAUGAGUGUAUGUGUGCGUCUUUGACCACCAUGCCCAUAUACAGUUGAGGUCAAAAGUUUUCAUACACCUUGCAGAAUCUACAAAAUGUUAAUUAUUUGACCAAAAUAAGAGGGUUUUAGUACUGACCUGAAUAAGAUAUUUCACAUAAAAGAUUUGCAUAUAGUUUAUAGUCCACAAGAGAAAAUGAUUGAAUUUAUAAAAAUGACCCUGUUCAAAAGUUUACAUACGCUUGAUUCUUACUGUGUUGUUACCUGAAUGAUCCAAAGCUGUGUUUUUGUUUAAUGAUAGUUGUUCAUGAGUCCCUUGUUUGUCCUGAACAGUUAAACUGCCUGCUGUUCUUCAGAAAAUUCAGGUCCCACAAAUUCUUUGGUUUUUCAGCAUUUUUGUGUAUCUGAACCCUUUCCAACCAUGACUGUAUGAUUUUGAGAUCCAUCUUUUCACACUGAGGACAACUGAGGGACCCAUAAGCAACUAUAACAGAAGGUUCAAAUGCUCACUGAUGCUCCAUAAGGUAAAACAAUGCAUUAAGAGCCGGGGGGUGAAAACUUUUGAAUUUGAAGGUCAGGGUAAAUUUAACUAGCUUUGUCUUCUGCCAAACAUGUAUGUAUCUUCUGUAGCUUCUGAAGGGCAGUGCUAAAUGAAGAAAUAUGAUAUUUAGGCAAAAUAAGAAAACACAUGUACACAUCUUCAUUCUGUUCAAAAGUUUUCACCCCCGGGUCUUAAUGCAUUGUGUUUCCUUCUGAUGCAUCAGUAAGCGUUUGAACCUUCUGUAAUAGUUGCAUAUGAGUCCCUCAGUUGUCCUCAGUGUAAAAAGAUGGAUCUGAAAUACACAAAAAUGCUAAAAAACCAAAGAAUUUGUGAGACCUGAAGGAUUUUCUGAAGAUUAGCAGGCAGUUUACCUGUUUAGAACAAACAAGGGACUCAUGAACAACUAUCACUAAGUAGAUCAUUCAGGUAACAACACAGUAUUAACAAUCAAAGUGUAUGUAAACUUUUGAACAGGGUCAUUUUUAUAAAUUCAACUAUUAUUUUUUCUUGUGGACUGCAUGUAAAUGUCUUUAAUUUUCAUUUUGUAUGAUCCCUCUUAUUUUGGUCAAAUAAUUAACAUUUUGCAAAUUCUGCAAGGUGUAUGUAAACUUUUGACUUCAACCGUAUAUGUAUCAGAUAUUAAGUGUUUAGCCUACUUUUGGAGGAUAUGUACCAAUUGUUAGGCAUAUGUGUAUUUAUUUGUGGGACAUUUGUUGCAUUUCAUUCACAUUAUGUUUAUUUUAUUUACAACUGGAACUUGCCUACCCAGUUACCACUUACAUGUAGCAUUUACAAGAAUGGGACCAAAUAUUCAGCACUGAGGGAGCAAAUGUAAUUCAAACAAACAACAUUGAUCAACCACUAGCACGUUCCUCAACGUCAACGGGGGGCUUCGGCAUUUAUAUUUACAUAUUUCUUUAUGUGAGUUACACAAAGUAGCAGAAACCAAAUACUAAUGUGCUUGUUACAAAUGCUUCAGCCUUGAUCCUCAAGACUUUUUCAUGAAAAAAAGGUGUGACUGGACAUCUAAGUAUGUGCAUGUGUACUUUGUGAGUCUUGCUGUUCGUGCGGUCCGGCGUUCUGUGCUGACUCGUUGAAAUUUGUAGAGUGGGCAAAUGUGAGGACGUCGAUUUCUCUGUCGAACUGACGUGUGAGCUGUACAUCGAGGUAGAAAAGUAAUAAGCCAUGGUCAGUUCCGUCAGUGUGCGUGUGCAUGCCGUAGACGUGAGUCUAUAUUGUGCAUCUGUGUGUGUGUGUGAGUGUGUGCGUGAGUGUGUGUGCGCUUCAGUCCAGUGCUGACCUUUCCUCUUCUUUCUCAGCAGAAUUUACUAUUCUGUCUAUCAAAGUAUUGAAAAUCUAUUGUACUUUAUAAAGUCUAACUUUGAUCUAUGUAUGUCUCCAAGACUGUUAUGAGAAAAUAUGUAUAGGACGAAGACAUAUAUGAAUUAUUAGAGAUAUAAAAUAAAGGUAUAUGUAUUAAUAAUG